CCGGGGGGGGCUGGCCCUUUUUUGUUCCGCUGGAGAAUCGUGCUUGAACGGUGAGCAGGAGUAUAACAGACCGAUAAGAAAUCAUAGCGCCACGGACCAUCUUAUCAGGCCAGGCAAAGCGCGUUCAACCCGGAGGAAAGAAGACCGACGCAAGGUAUCACACAAGAGCCGUUCAGCAGCAGUUCUUGGGUUAUCAGACAGGCAGCUUUUGUCGUUACAACUCUGUGUCUGGGGAUACUGGAAGGGGUGGGGGUUUAGCGAGUACGGAGAAGACUACAUGCCGAGAGGAGGGGGCUGGAGGUCUGCAACUCUUCCAGCCUGAAAGGGCCGGCGCUGUGGCCAUAGAACCCUGGACUGUCUAGUGCCCGCGCGGUUAAGUGGAUGGGAUGGAGCCGGGACCGUCUGGCGCUGUGCCCAUGGGGCCCUUCCCCCCACCCCUGCAGCAGGUGUUCCAGGCACCCCGCCGGCCGGGCAUGGGCACGGUGGGCAAGCCCAUCAAGCUGCUGGCCAACUACUUUGAGGUGGAGAUCCCCAAGAUGGACGUGUUCCACUACGAGGUGGACAUCAAGCCUGACAAGUGUCCCCGACGGGUCAACAGGGAAGUGGUGGAAUACAUGGUGCAACACUUCAAGCCCCAGCUCUUUGGCGACAGGAAGCCAGUGUACGACGGCAAGAAGAAUAUCUAUACGGUGCUAGCGCUUCCUAUCGGAAGUGAGAAGGUGGACUUUGAGGUGACUAUCCCCGGGGAGGGGAAGGAUCGUAUCUUCAAGGUGUCUAUCCGCUUCCUGGCCACGGUGUCAUGGCGUCUGCUCCAGGAGACACUGGUCAGCGGGCGCCUGCAGGUCCCCCUGGACUCUGUCCAAGCCCUGGAUGUGGCCAUGCGCCACCUAGCCUCCAUGAGGUACACUCCGGUGGGACGAUCGUUCUUCUCCCCACCUGAAGGAUACUACCAUCCCCUGGGAGGGGGGAGAGAGGUGUGGUUUGGUUUCCACCAGUCUGUACGCCCCGCCAUGUGGAAAAUGAUGCUCAAUAUUGACGUAUCUGCCACGGCCUUCUACAAAGCCCAGCCGGUGAUCGAGUUCAUGUGUGAAGUCCUGGACAUCCGCAACAUAGACGAGCAGCCCAAGACCCUCACCGACUCGCAGAGGGUCCGCUUCACCAAGGAGAUCAAAGGUGGGCCGUUGAACAGUGAUCGGUGGGCGUUACCAGGUCUGAAGGUGGAGGUGACCCACUGCGGUCAGAUGAAGAGGAAGUACCGCGUCUGCAACGUCACGCGACGCCCCGCCAGCCACCAGACAUUUCCCCUGCAGCUUGAGAGUGGACAGACAGUAGAAUGUACGGUAGCCCAGUACUUCAAGCAGAAGUACAAUCUGCAGCUCAAGUAUCCCCACCUGCCCUGCCUCCAGGUGGGGCAGGAGCAGAAGCACACCUACCUGCCCCUGGAGGUGUGUAACAUAGUAGCAGGACAGCGCUGCAUCAAGAAACUGACAGAUAAUCAGACGUCCACUAUGAUCAAGGCCACGGCUCGCUCUGCACCUGACAGACAGGAGGAGAUCAGCCGACUGAUGAAAAAUGCCAACUUUAACCUGGACCCGUACAUCCAGGAGUUUGGGAUCAAGGUGAAGGAUGAGAUGGCGGAGGUGACGGGAAGGGUGCUGCCUGCCCCUAUCCUACAGUAUGGAGGACGGCUUUUGUCUCCCACCUGUUCCACCUCACAGAACCGGGCCAUCGCCACGCCCAACCAAGGGGUGUGGGACAUGAGGGGCAAGCAGUUCUACAACGGUAUUGAGAUCAAGGUGUGGGCCAUCGCCUGCUUCGCCCCCCAGAAACAGUGUCGGGAGGAGGUGCUCAAGAACUUCACAGACCAGCUGCGUAAGAUCUCCAAGGAUGCUGGGAUGCCCAUUCAGGGCCAGCCGUGUUUCUGUAAAUACGCCCAGGGAGCCGACAGUGUGGAGCCCAUGUUCAGGCACCUGAAGAACACCUACUCUGGACUGCAGCUCAUCAUCGUCAUCCUGCCUGGAAAGACCCCCGUCUACGCGGAGGUGAAGAGGGUGGGAGACACUCUCCUAGGAAUGGCCACUCAGUGUGUCCAGGUGAAGAACGUGGUGAAGACGUCCCCCCAGACCCUCUCCAACCUCUGCCUCAAGAUCAACGUCAAGCUGGGGGGAAUCAACAAUAUCCUGGUGCCCCACCAACGGUCAGCAGUGUUCCAGGAGCCUGUCAUCUUCCUGGGGGCCGAUGUAACACACCCCCCUGCUGGAGACGGGAAGAAGCCCUCCAUUACCGCUGUGGUAGGCAGUAUGGACGCCCACCCCAGCAGGUACUGUGCCACAGUCAGGGUCCAGAGGCCCAGGCAGGAGAUUAUCGAAGACCUUUCUUACAUGGUGCGAGAACUGCUGAUCCAGUUCUACAAGUCAACCCGCUUCAAGCCCACCAGGAUCAUCUUCUACAGGGACGGAGUGCCCGAGGGGCAGCUCCCACAGAUACUCCACUAUGAGCUUCUGGCCAUCAGGGAUGCGUGCAUCAAGCUGGAGAAGGACUACCAGCCUGGUAUCACCUACAUUGUGGUCCAGAAGCGCCACCACACACGCCUCUUCUGUGCCGACAAGUCUGAGCGAAUCGGGAAGAGUGGUAACAUUCCUGCAGGGACCACAGUGGACACCAGCAUCACUCACCCGUUUGAGUUUGACUUCUACCUUUGCAGUCAUGCGGGUAUACAGGGGACUAGUCGGCCCUCGCAUUACUACGUCCUGUGGGACGACAAUCGUUUCACCGCCGACGAGCUGCAAAUCCUCACCUACCAGCUGUGCCACACCUACGUGCGCUGUACCCGCUCCGUCUCCAUCCCCGCGCCAGCCUACUACGCCCGCCUCGUGGCCUUCCGUGCCCGCUACCAUCUGGUGGACAAGGAGCACGACAGUAGUGGGGAGGGCAGCCAUGUCUCUGGUCAGAGUAACGGUCGGGACCCCCAGGCUCUGGCCAAGGCGGUGCAGAUUCACCACGACACGCUGAGGACCAUGUACUUCGCCUGAGCACCACCCCACACCACCAUCACCGCCACCACCACUGUCCUUAAGACUCACCAUCCCUCGGUGAUGGGCCCGGAAGCGCACUGGAAGCCUUCCACCUCUCCUCCCUCCAUGGCUGUGACCACCCACACACUCCACAUACCUCUCUUGACUGACCCACCACAGCCAAACCACCCUAGUACCAGAACUAUACACCCCUCACCUGAUCAACCCAGGCAGACUCUGCAGCGUCCUGCACAACGGUUAUUAUUAUCAUUGUUGAUAUAAUUAAGUGUUUAUUUUUAUUUACUUUACCAGGACUGUUUUUAUGUUGACUUAAAAAAAAAAGAAGAGGAGAAAAAGAAGGGUAUUGUAUGCGACCUUCCACACUCUUAUGUAUGCAAUAUGGAGGGGAGGAAAACGGGCGCUGAGCUGCCCCGAGACUUUUGACUGCCACCACAAUGCUGCCUCUUAACCUAUCCGCAUGGCGGAUGCCCGUGUUCUGUUCCAAGCCCCUGGUACAACAGGAGUCAUGGGACCCCCGGGUGGGGGGAAGGGUGACAAAAAGGACACACUUAAUAUCGUUUAAAUUUUAUAUCAUGAACUCCAUUCUUAUGUUGCCGUUUUUAUUGUAUUUUUAUGGCCUUGAGGCGCGCAACGGGACGUAUGGUACUUUAGCACUUAGCACUUAGAGAUUAGCAUGUAGCCACCCUGCACCUAAUAUGAAGUGUCUGUGUGAGGCUAGCCCUCUGCUCUUAAUACUGGAAAUAGAGCAAAGAUAGAAAGAGCAGGUGUAUUAUAUCGUAGAUACAUGAGACUUAAGUCCUUCACUGUAUCUGUGCAGGUUGGGGAGUCUCCUCUUAAAAUUAGCCAGUAGAGAGAGGCCAAUGUAGAAGUUAGAGGGACCAUUGCAUUGAGUGUAUUGAAUAUACUUGAAUAUACUCACAUCCCAUGCACCUAAACCAGCAUUAUUAUUAUUAACCAGCCUAAUGUGAUGCCUACCAAUGGAAAAGGGGCACUUAUGUAAACAGGAAGAUAAUCUUUGUGUCAUAAUGCAUUUACUCUGCGAAAGGAAAUACGAGGCACUUUCUUUACCUGAUUGAUUGGUUUAUGUUACUUCAGAAUGGGGAUAUUUGUCUUCCCUCAGCCUUCACACACAGGUCUACACACACCCCUACCUACCUACAUAAUACAUAUUCUCACACCUACAACCUCUCUAAGCUUGCUGAACCAAUAGAGUAACGGUAGCAAUACAAGGUCUUCAUCUUGUCUGUGUAGGUGUGAAAGCAGCAAAAAGAUGUGGGCCAGAGAACGCCGAAUGAAAAGUGUUUCUCCCUCACUUUUAGCACUUGACCUUGGCUAUAUGAUCAUUCUACACAUUCUAGCUACACAUUCCAACCUAUGUCAAUGGGGACGACGUACACCAAUACACUACGUUGACAUACACCUACACACACACCCAUACUGCACGCACAUAUAGCGCGGCUUUUUUUUAAUUACAUUUUGUACAUAGCUUGUCCUACCUACAAACAUCGACCACAGCGUCGAUCAACACAAGCACACUCAUGCCCCCUCACAUUCUACUGAGUGUGUACCGAGCCGCCUCCACGCAUGCACUUGCCCCCCCUUAAAACCCGCACAUGAAUACUUACCCCCUCCUUCCAACACCGCCGCCCUUUUUCCCCCCUAUCCAUACCCCGCUUAACACUCUGCUUUAGCUCCCCUCCUCCCAGCCUGGUGUAUGAUCCCCCAUUGGUGCGCUGUGUGCAUGGACAACACAGAUAGGGGUUUGCUACACAGGUUAUUUGGGGGGGUACUUACUCAAUAUGCCCUGCCUUCACUUCUGAUCACUUUCUGACUUUAUGAAACGCAUGUAUCACAUUUUUAUUAUGACUGGAUAUUCUGAGCCACCUUCGUUAUGUUUUCCUAGAGAUAGGAGCUUAUUAUGCUCACUUUUGCCUGCCAGUCAUAGCUUCAGUUGUGUAAAAGGUGAACUGAAAGGCUGUUCUGUAUUGUGAUGAGUAGUGUCAGAGUGUAUCCUCAAGGGGGUACAAUGCGAAAAGUAGUCUGACAACUUUCACUUCUUGGCCUUCAAGCGCCUCCAAUCAUGUCUGAUGGGUGGUAGAGCACCUUUUAUGUUGGAAGGGAAUGACGAUAGAGAUUUAAUGAUAUGCCAAUUUUUGGGGGAUUCAUGUUUAUGGACUUACGCACUCAAAAUGCUUUUGUACACCAUUUUACUGACCCCACGUGUCCAAGGUGAUUUGUAUAUAACCUGUAAUGAAUUUGGGCUCACCAAUGUAGCGGGGCCUUUGCAGUUGGGGUUAGUCCCCGGCCCCUCUGUGUUCAAAUUCAGCUUGGGUAAGCCCAGCACCACUGACCCAGAUGCAGUUCUUAUCUUCACUCACUGAAGACACAAAGCACCUUGCAACAGGGGAGGACAACAUGGAAUUACCCUGGGAAAAGCAUCAUGAUGAGGACACAAGUGAAUCCGCUCCACCCAGCCUCACUGACUAAGCAAUAUAAAAGCCACUGAUCAAGAACAGUCCUUGUCAUAGCACUUCUCAAUUGGUUGAAUGAAAGGACAUGGAAGCAACUUAUUUUGGCUCUGUAUGAUGUAAUAGUAUGGGGACUCUGUUGGGGAGGGCUAUUUUUUAAAGAAAAUACAUUUGUUUUUUAUUA